CGCCACGUUCUACUGCAAAAUCAGUCUCUCCUUAACCUUUGGGAAGUGUAGUCGCUUUCGUGUCGAGUUCUUCGUCCACGUGACUAUCGAAAUCGAAAGUGCACCCUUAGGAGAUUCAGUUAUUUCAACGUGCUCCAACCGGCCUAUUAUGAAUAACGUGUUUAAACAAGUCAAACGCAGUUUUGCUGUACUCUCAGCACUUUUCAUAACAGUUGUAACGUCGAAGAUCCGAGGCCACCAAAACUGUGGUCCGGAACAUCUUGUGCACUGUGCUAAACCCCUUUCGGUGUUGACGGAUUCUGGACUUACUUUUGCUACCAAUAAACCGGAACUGGACCGAAUGUGCCCAGAUCUCCGAGACGCCGUCAAAUGCAUCCACGGUUAUACGCGACAUUGCAUGAGCAUGGAGGAACGCGAACACUUCAAGACCCUCUUUCACGGCACUGUUAUCAUGGUGGAGGACCUCUGCAGGAACGAAACCUACCAGACAGAGUACCUCAAAUACGCUCCGUGCAUGAAAAAAGUCGAGAAACAAAACGAGAUGUGUUUGAAGACCUACACCAAAGCCAUGAAGGAGAUCGAGUCAAGGACUGAAGAACAAGUAACCGACGAACCCGAUUUGGUCACUUACCAGAAAAGGAAGAGGGAGACGGCCGAUGAAGGAAUUAGGAGCGUCUGUUGUUCAUUUCAACGUUACGUGGAGUGUUCAACGCACACGAUGAGAAGGGCAUGUGGUGAAGAUGCGGCCGAUUUCAGCAGAGAGUUCCUGGACAAGAUAUCUUCGUCGUUAAUUCGGAUGCAUUGCAAUGAAUACGGGAGGAGGGAGUGCGGGAUAAUAUCCGGUGGAGAAGGGCUCUCUAAAAUUUCUUCGCUAGUUUUAGCUUUAUUAGCAACUGUAGCGUAUUAUGUUAGAUAAGUUUGAAGACAAUAAAAUGUGAUCAGCAUUUACUCUACUUAAAGGUGUGUUAAAAUGAGAAAUUGUGGCGUUUUCAAUCUUCGAAUGCUGAACAGCGAAUGUAGUACACUUAAAAAAGACUGAUACUUGUAGAAAUAGAUUGCGUGUGUUUGGCAUUUGAAGUUUAAACGUAACAAAUCAAUCAUAUUUUGUAUGUCUCAGUACAAAAUUUGCACAUUUCGGUUUCGUAUACGUAAAGGCACCUGUUACUGUUUCAUUCUUGUACAUAGAAUAGAAAUCUCAUUAUUUAUAAGACCUUCGUAGAGCAUAUCUAGUCUCUCAUAUCCUCAUCAAAAAUUUCAAUCGUCUAGAAACCAAAAAUGUAUUAUUUUUAAUAUGUUGUAUUUGUUUUCCCAUCAUUUUCAGUCAUUUAUUAAACCUUGUUACUAUAUUUAUUCAAUUAUUUUAAUUUUAUGCCGUCCAGUUAAAACAUGUGUACAGAUUUAGACGUAGAAUAAGAAAUUUAUCAAAACUGAGAGAAAUUGAGAACACUCAAACCUAAAAAUUGUAACUGUCUCGAAAUACUAGUCACAGUAAACUAAUGACAAUUAUUGUUGGGCUAUUAUUUAUUAUUUAUUAGUCGUGUGUGCUCAAUUUUUCUUGUUUGAACAUAAAAAAUUUAUCAAUUGUUCUAAUGUUUUAAAAUGUUCCAUGAGAUAUAAUAAAAUGUUUUUUUUUAAUUCA